UUAAAAAUGUCCUUGUUUUUACUCAGAUUUUCAUUUUGAAUAUCCUCUGACUCUGAUUGAGGUUAAUUCAUGUUUCUGACUUAAAAUCAUAGAUCUCAUGUUCUGCUAAAAAUAUUGCACUGACAAGGGUCAAGGAUGCCCGCAGACUUGAGUGAUAAGAUCAUAGAGUUGACUGAAGUUAUUGAAGGUAGAGGUUAUUUCAUGAGGAACCUGCUUGUCAUAUCUCUAUUUUGCAUCUCCUUUCCAAAAUUUUGUGCUUCUGCAAAUGGGAGACUGCCUCCAAAGUCAAGCUACAAAUCUUACUCAAAACUUUUUUAUAUUAAUCGUUUAAACCCUGAAUUAAUUGGGACGGUCGUGACUCUCACCCUGAAUUAUUUGGGCAUUAUCUGCAAAGUGAAAGAACAUACAACAUUCAAAAUAGAUGAUCCAAGCCCAGCCAUGUCAGCGGCACCUCACUCCACUGGUACCUAGCCUGGCCCAGCUGAGCCAUACUAACGAUCAUCUCAAAUUUUGUCUCAAAGUCACUGCUUUGACGGGAGUAAAAUUCAAAAUAGCUUACGGCAUGGUCCGUAUAUGCCUCGCCAUUUAUUAUCACACAAGCCUCUUUGGUAGUGUAGUAUAUUUUGGUCAUUUUUUUAUGCCAAUGAAUUUAUAAACUGAAGUUAUCGACUGAAUAUCUCUAAAAUGAUGUCACUUUUAAAGGUCACCUAAUAUCUAAAACCAUUGCUUUUCGAAUCACAUGACUUCAAGCCGGAAUUCCGGCUUUUCGGGUUCAAAGGGUUAAUGAUGGCAAUGAUUUGCUCUGUGCCUCAAUUGUCCUGGGUAAUAUGGGAAACGUCAAGAGAAAUUUCUUUAUUUAAAUUAUCCUGACUAAAUAAGAUCCAGCAUCCACUUUACCAGAUCUUUAAACACUGAUUUUCUUUUCUUUCCAGUUUGUAACCUGCUCAAACAACCUUCUGACGAAGAUCAGAGACAAAGCUACAACAGAGAAGAUCAGGAAACAUCUGAUAAAAGGGUUCAAGGCUGCCAGAGAAGACUACCUCUCAUCGGAGGAGUUCACAAAUGCAGUUAGACAGCAUCUUGCAGAACUUCAGAAUCCAGACAUAAAAGACCAGGCCAUCUUCUCUGUUGUGCAUGAUGUAGUGAUCCAUUUAAAAAAUGCUUCCAAUAAGCCUAAAAAGUCAAAAGAGAGCAAAACGGGAGUGGGGGAUUCAGGGAAACAUGAAUAUAAACUUUUGAGUAAUGGGGGCAUUGAGACGGAUGCGGGUGAUGCAAAGACGGCUGGGACAGAUCCAAGGACUAAUGGCCCAGAUGAAUCUGAUCCACAGGGGACAAAAGAUGUGAAUUCUGGCAUUCUAUCAGGAGAUAUCAAGAAAGAAGUAGCUUCUACCAGCGGAGAUGUUGACCCUGGCAGCAUAGCUGGGGGUUCAAGUGAGGUAGCAAAAUCUAAUGAUGCUAAUAAAGCAUCAAACACUUCUAACCUGGAGCAACCAUCAUGCAGCAAAGAUAGAAGUGAAGAGGAGGAAAAAGGUGAUGUGGAUAAAGGAAAGAAACGCAAAAUCAGGAGAAUGGAAAAACUGAUGGGACGGCUAAAUAGAGAGAUCCAGAGGUACAGUGAGAAAGAAUUGAGCCUCGAGGAAAUGGGCAGAGACGAUUCAUCUCAUAUGAUCGAGCAUAAACUUAGAAAGAGAUUUGUAGAAGCAUGGCAGAAGUGUUGUAAGCUGAAGGGCUAUGAGGCAAAAACUGGGCGUGGUGUAGAAAAGAAAGUAAAAUUUCUGGGUACAAGGUACCCAGAAAUCAACAAGAGAAUCUGUAAAUUAGUAAAGGGUAAUAAGUUUCCAGAUUUCCACGAUGUAUACCAUGUUAUCAGGAAGACAAAUACAAGGGAGAAAUUAGGGAUCCAUGAAUUUGAUCUGCGCCCAUUGGCUACUGAAGUCUUCAAAGAUGUUGGUGAAAUGCUGAGUAAACGUAGGAUCAAUGACUACAUGUGCAAUGCUGGGUAUGCAUCGUUCAUUGAUGCGCCCGAUGAUCCUGCAAAUGAGAAUCCAGAAUUGAGGACAAGGUUGGAAGAUAAUGCCAUCAAGGGGAGGAAGAUGAUGGACAGCGUCCUGGAGAAGUAUACAAUUAAGGCAAGAGAGGUGCACAAACCAGGUGUUGAACCAGAGUUUGAUAGAACAAGUGAACCAGAGGUUGCUCCAGAUGAAAGUGAAGAUGACUUUGAAGAUGGUGAUUGGGUUGAGUAUGUUUCUGAUUCAGAUGAAAGCCAAUCUGAAUCCGGAGCAGUUAAAAGUCCAGAGAUGGAAUCAAAAGGGAUGGAAACGUGUCCAGACAGGAACAAAGCAGAUGAAAACCAAAUUGAAGAUUCUAAGAAACGUCCCAUUGAAGGGGAAUCGCUCUCAGAUGACAAUAAUUCAAAAAAGGUAAAACUUUCCAGCAAUGACGCUCACGUAACAGGAAAGACAGAUGUAAUUUCAAAUAGAACACCUCAAAGCAAUACAGAGGUAAAAGUGGCCCAUGUAUCUAAGGCUCCAGAAACCAUGCAUCCUCAGGGAAAUGUGAAAGCAGAAGCAGUGAAACCUAGUCCUUCAAAGCCUCGUUUUGAUCCCACCAAGAACGGUAUCCCAUCGAUUAGCACUUGUCGGGUUAGGCUAGUGAAGAAAAAUCCUGUGCAACUUUGCAACCCAAAAAUAAACACUCUUCAAGCCUUUCAGAAUUCUCCCUCCAAGCCUGAAAGCGCAAAUAGCAGUAUCCCACCAACUGGCUCAAGCCUUUUUAAGCCUGUGAAGACACAGCCAGUGCAACUUUGUACUUCCAGGAGUAAACCUGCUCCCAACCAACCACAACCAGUAUCCUUUGCAAGUGGCUCAAAGACUCUGGCAUGGAGCUCAAACAACAUUGUAAGAACACAAGUAAGAAAGAUUGCGAUUCCAGUAGCUGAAGUGAAACAAGAAAUAGCAAUGAUCAAAAGGACACCAGUAGGUGUGGGUUCUUCAAGAAGUGCAAGUUUGUCCAACAAUGGUCCACCCCGUAGAAUUCAGCUGACCUCGCUAGACUCAAGAUCACAGCCGAUUUCACUUUCCAGAUCACUGCCUCCUAGUAAGGUGCAUACUAAUGGCACUGUAGUGACACCCGCUCGAAUUGACUUACCAAUGCGUAAAACAAAUGCUGCUAUUAGUGCCACUCAAAAAGUUGGUCCUUCCUUCAGUCGUUCAAUUUCAGGAAAGACUCAAAAUAAGCAAUUAAAUGGACCUAAAGCAAUUUACAAGGAAGAUGAGGAUGGCUGUAUUGUUAUAGAGUAGUGACUACCGUAAUGGCAGUCCAAGCAUUUUAGAAGGCCAUCAUGAUAUUAUAAAGCGUGUAUUAAAGGCUAUAGGGGAUAAUGGAGAUAUAUUAAUGUGAACAAAGCAAUAUUGGAGAUUGUUACUUUUAAUGUCUGUUUCCUUAACAAUAAUGAAAAAAAAUUAUAACUCUAAAAACUAAGUUCCCCAUAAAUUUAACUUUUCAGCUAAAAUGAUUUGACUUAUGAGCAAAACUACAUGCAUGAGUAAAAGGCAAAAUUGUCACAUACAUGUAGAGGCAUUUUCAGAAUUUGAUUCAUCAUUUUUUUUUUUUUGGGGGGGGUUACAUUUGAAUCAGUAUGAUUGUUUGUUCGUCAUUAAUUAUAAGACCCAUUCACGUCUAAUCAUGCGUAUAAUCUCAGCGGCGACUGCAGCUAUUGUCUGCUUUAAUGAGUCUGAUUCUGCUUACACAAAACGUAUUAAGCAGUAUAUGAGGAAGACUACAAACAGUGGCUGCAAAGAAGGCACCGCCUACACUCCCGUCUUGGUUUAGUGGGGGGGGGGGGGGUUUAUCGGCUAAUGUCUGGUGGCAGCUUUUCGCAUGAAAAACCCAUACUGAAUCCUGGUCAAUAAAAAUAAAACAAUUACUGAACCAAGGUGUGAGUUCAGUUGGGGACUGUAAAGGCAAUGGUUGCUUUACAGCCACUGAUAGUAGCCUUUUCACAUCAGGCGUGUUGCUUACAUGUAUGUUUAGCAUAACAGCAAAUACAAGGCUCAAACCCAUUUCCACUCGAGAGUUCAAAGUAAAGGAACAACUACCAACUGAAUUUUUAUCAAAAACUUUCAAUAAAUAUGCCUUUUUGAUACAGGGAGAACUUAAUUUAUGUGUUAUAUUUUUACAUUUUAUGCAGCAGAAUAAAUAACCCUUUUUAUAAGUACAAAGAGUGUUUAAUUAUUAUAUUAGUUGGUCAAUCUAACAAAUGAUUUUGUACCACCAUUUAAUUUCAGUGAUCUGACUGACUUGUAACUUUAAGGUGAAUACACCAGGGAUCAAAGAAGACCUUGGGCCCAUUUUAUAAACUUGUUUGAUAACAAAUUUGCAAUAACAGUUUAAGGCUACUGAAAUCCAUCAAUUUGACCGGCUUAAAUAUACUUGAUACAGAAAUGCUGCAUUUGUUAUCUAUAAUAAGUCUUUAUGAAAUGGGAUCUUUGACUAAAUGAUUAAUGCGAUCAUCUUCUAACUGAUCUUGUGAUAUAUACUUUGAGUUGAUUUGAGGUCUUGGGUUCAAAUCCAACCUAGCUCUUGCGUUCUUUUUCUCCGUGACCACUCUCCACACAUUUGCUAGGUGAAAAUUCCUUGAAUUAACAAACGCCUGAUCACAUAUUGUUGUUAAAAUGGUAAUAAUGCACUGAGAAAAUAUGUAGUAAGCAAUAUAUAUAUAUAUAUAUGAUUAUUGGGCAAUUCAAUGAAAUACAUACGUCCAACCCCCUAUAUGUGUGGCCUUCAUGAAAUUUUCUUUCUCUGAUUGUUCUUUUGACAGUGUGUAAUAUUCUCAAAGGACCAUGACCAGGGGGGUGUUUCACAAAGAUUUAAGUAUGACUUAGAGUCGCACUUAAAUACCAAGUUGCGUACGGUAUGAAAGGCUUGACCGCAUUGGUCAGAUCGUGUCAUGAGGACGCGCACUACUGUGUGUCUAUCAAUAAGAUCGCGCGUUCCAUAUCAUGUACGUGUAGGCAUUUAAGUACGACUUAAGUCAUACUUAAAUCUUUGUGAAACACCCCCCUGGUCAAUUUAUGAAGUGAAAUAAGACUUAGAAAAAUGGGGGUCGGACGUACAAAAAGGUUGAUCAUUUUAUGGAAUUGUCCUAUGAUUACUAUUAUCAUUACAUUAAAUGAAAUAUCACUCAAACUAUGAUAUUAUGGCAUGUAAAGUUCAUAAGCUAACAUUUGGAGAAUUUGCAUGUAUAUUCUAGUUGUUCAUAAAGUCAUGUAUAACUUAACACAUCAACAAGAGCAUUAUGUAACACAGACACUCCCAAGUUCCAUUAAGUUCUAGAAUGAGUAUGUAUUGAGGUGUAAAGAAAUAAGAAGCAUUAUACAGUGCGUCCCACAAAAAACGAAACCGAGAUUUAUCGAUGAUAUAUCAUAACUUAAUCACAAAUACAAUAGACAAAUGACCUACCAUUGUAAAGCUUAGAAUCUCUUCUUUCAUCUGAAAUUACUUUGAAUAUUUCUCAUUCACGCAUGAGUGAGCAAAAACAAUUUGAAGAGGGGAUACCAAAAAGUUAUUUGGCGGGCUGUAUCUGGGUUUCAAAAAGAAAACCACAUUUAAAAAAAAUUUAAAAAUCUGCUCUUUAAUUUGAUACCUCAAUUACAGAAAAUGGUCAAGAAAUAAAGUUCUGGUUAUUUGAAAUAAGGCUUGAAUUUCAAUAAUUUCAUAAAACGAAGAGGUUCUACAGGCGAGCGUACGAACUCACUUGACACUCCGUUUUGUUGACGAUCAGCCAUGCAUUAAGUCUUUUGUUAACCAUGCGAUAGCUUCUGUGGGAAACCGGUGAAAACACGUUUAUUUAAUGAAAUUAUGGAAGUACAAGCAUUGUUUCGAGGGAACAUAAUUUUGUUACUUCUUGACCAUUUUUUGUGAUUAAGGUAUCAAAUAAAAAGGCAGAUAUUGAACUUUUUAGGCAUGUGAUUUUCUUUUUGAAAUGAGUUUUUGGUAUCCUUUCUUUAAUUUUUUUUUGCUCAUUCAUGCGUGAAUGAGAAAUAAUCUAAGUAAUAUCAGAUGAAAGAAGAGAUUCUAAACUUUACAUUGGUAGGUCAUUUGUCUAUUGUAUUUGUGAUUAAGUUAUGAUAAAUCAUCGCUUAAUCUCUGUUUCGUUUUUUCUGGGACGCACUGUAUAGUGGGGUUUGUGUUAUUUUGUGCUCAGAUUCUAUGGGAUUUUCCAAAUGUCUGUUCGAUUGAAAUGAGUCUUACAUGUGCACAAAUAGAAACAGUAAAAACACAUCUACUGAAACAUUUGGCAUAACUUAUAAAGCUUUGAGUACUUUAUCUUUGCAAGGUCUGUAUUAUGUAAGUUCUUGUAACUUGACGUCUGGGUAUCUUAUGCAUCAUAAUAAUGGUGAGAGUUAUAUUUUGGUCAAACGAAACAGCAUUAGUAAUUAGUAUUGCCUUUGUGUCAUUGCAAUAUGCAAAUAGCAGCAUGUUUGCUGGAAUUUUUUUAUUAAUAUUAUUGAUGCAGCAUUACAAUAAUCAGAGCAAACUUUACUAUGACCCCACUUAUUGAAACAUGUUAAUUCAAGUGUAUUGUUUUUUUUUUAGAAAGACAUUAAACAAGAAGUUCUUGUAAAGUCUAACUUAUUGAGAGUCCAUAGAAAUUUUUUUAUAUUAAAAGUAAACUACAAUGCAAUACUCCAAUAGUGCUACAUGUAAUCUGCUUUGAGGGUGCAAUUUACUUUUUGUUGCAAACUGUUCUUUGAUUGGUGGGUAUUAAUUAGGCAAACAAACUAACAAAGUUUAAUGUUUUAUGAAUUUUAUCAGAGUACUGUAAAUUUGCAAUAGUCAACCUUCCACAAGCCGAAUAUACACCCAAUUAGAAACGCUUUUAUACCAGAUGCAUAGCGUGUUCAUUACCUCUUAAAGUCAAAUUGCUCCUAACCGAUUUAUGUGAACCCAAAGGAUUUGAAUAGGGCACAGUAGCCUGUAUAUCAAUGUAAUUUUGUAGAGUCAUAACUUUGAUUGUGAGACUUUGUGGGGGCUCAUAAGGACAAUCAAUUUUGUUGGUCUUCUUUACUAAUGAAAUCUUCCGUUUGUAAAAUACAUGAUAAAGCUAACAAAUAAUUAUGUUCACUUCCUCACAACAUGACCAUCACUUUGAUGGCAUAUGAAAUAAGUUAUUUUAGAAGGAAAGUGAUCAUGCCUAUAUACUCUAAUAUGUAUAUUAAUCAGCAUUGCCUAUCAGUUAUUUGCUUUUUUUAAAUUUGUACAUUUAAAACAGAUAUAUGAAGUUGCCUAUAUAAGAUCGUUUCAUCAACUUUUUCUUCCCACAAGUUGUCAGAUCUGACAACUUUCCUUGAUUUUGAUUGGCCGAGAGGCACUGUUACUAUGGUAAUUGGCAGAUAAAACGGGACUUGUCGGAGGAAACGUCUGACAAGUCCUUUCGUGGAAUGCUUCCCAGUGAUGAUGUAUGCGAACAAAGAGAUCAUUUUAAAAUCUUGGCCCAACUCCUAUCAUCUUACUCUGUACCAACUCCUAUCAUCUUACUCUGUACCAUAGCACAUCAUGAGUUAUUUAGCAAUAUUUGUGUUAGAUUGUAUGAUUAUGUUUCCAGGGCCCUGUCUAACAAAGAGUUGCGAUUGAUCUGAUCAAAUACAACUAUGGAAAGCCAGCAAAGUCUACAUAUAAAAUGUAUGUUUGUUAAAAAAAAUAGAGAUAUGAAUGUAUAUCCAUAAAUUCAUUGAUUUCUUGAUAAUUUGGUGCAUUCUCCAUUGUUUACAAAGGACAUUUUGCAAAUUUCCUGUAUGAAAAUUAUGACAGUGAUGGAUUUCUAUAUAGUUACGAUUAAUUGGAUUAAUCAUAACUCUUUGUAAGACAGGGCCCUGGUAGUAACAAAUUCAGUAUGAAAUAAAAGAGUAAUAGUGGCCCUGUGGUGAAUUUGCCCUGUAACUAAUUUUUUUUUUUUUUUGGGGGGGGAUCACUUUUAAGUUUUGAUUUCAAUAUUAUGGAUAGAGAUGAUAACAUGAUAUUCUUUCCAAAUUUCAGCUCUAAAUUACGCCACUACCCUUGGUCAGAAAGAAGACUACCCCAAUUCAUCCAGUAUUAUGGCUGACAUAUUUAUGGUUUGAGAACAAAAAAACUUCGCAUUGAUAAUCUAAUGUUUCAUCUCCCUGCUAGCAAAUGCAGUGCAUUAUCAUCAUCUUGUAUUCUUUGAAGAAGAUUAUUAUAUAUUGUACCACUCAAUGGGUGAUUCCAGGGACAAUGUUAUAGCUUGUGUUAGUAUCAUGAUAACACCAACCUCAGUUUUUAACACUGUACUCGGAAUUACUGAAUGUGGAUUAUAGUUUAUUCUCAUGCUGCCAGAGAAAGUCAAAGAGGGGUUCAAGAUUCAGUUUGAAAGUUUUAUGAUUAAUUUAUAUGUAUAAUGUUAUUCUAUAACAAAAAAAAUUAAAUAUUUUUUAUUCUCUUGUGUAAUUUUAUAAGGUGGUUACUGCAUACUUUAAGUUUUAGAUUAAGCAAAUAGAAGUGAGUAUUUCGUUUUCUGAGGGUAAUUGAUUUUAGUUUUAGACUUACGAUUUCAUAUGAUUGCACAUGUGAAUUUUCUAUCAGAAUAUUACUAUAUGUGUGAGCAUAGUUUUAUUAUUUGCAUAUUUGUAUGUAUGGAGUACUCUAUUUGGCCUGUCUUUUCUCUCUAUUUCUCUUUUUUCAACUCUGUAAAUAUUUGUACAUUAUAUAAAUUUAAAACAUCUCAAAUACAAAAUAUUGAAAAAUACACUUUUACA